GAGCAUACAAACCCAACCCGCAUAUGUAUGUAUAUGUCUGCAUCUUUCUCUUUCUCUUUCCUGUCUUAAUUCUUUCGAAACUCUCCGCCAUGUGGAGGAGAAGUGCGAUAAAUUCCUUCCAGAACCAGAAGAUAUAGGUUUAUUGCUCUGCUCUGAUCGAUGAUGGCGAAUCAGACAGACACCAUCUCUAUUUAAGGCCACACCCGUUUUCUUUCCGCUUCUUAAAUUUCUCGAUUAUGCGUUUGUUUCUUUUCGCCCUUUCCGUUUCCCCUGUCCUAACUCCAUCUCCAUGUGCUCGGAAAUCGACCGCUUCUCUUCGUUUCUGAGGAGGAACAUGUCUGGAACCAGAAACACGCUUUUACCCCAUGUCAAGGAACAAGACGAGGCGAAGUCGCUAGAUGGUGAAGAAGAAAAAGGAGAAGUCGCAUUUCUGACGGAAGGUAAAGAAAAUUCUAAUGAUCAGAAGGAAGUCGAAAAAGUCGCGACCGAAGACGAAGGAAGCGCUGAUCGUAAGAAUAGGGUUUCAGUUUCGGUUUCAAUUUCGGAGGAGAACGAGUCAACAGACGGCGACGGCGACGGCGACGGCGACGGAUUUGUAACUCCGACAUCGGCGGAUCACAAAAUUCCGGCGAUCAUUCACUGCCCACCGGCGCCGAAGAAGCCCAGGCCGGAGCCGUCCAGAAUGAAGCGGAAAACAUCCCCGCCGUUGCCUUGCGAACUGGAUUCAACGGCGGAGAUUGAAUCCAUUUUCCGGCCAAUUUCGAGUCAAGAUACCGGCGAAGAGCAGAAAUCGAAGAAAGCUCGAAGGGAGGGAGACGACUGAGGAUCGAUGAAUGUAGUUAGGGUUCAUCCCCAUUUUCGCCACUACAAAUGGUACGGUAUUAUGCUUAAGUUAGGGUUUCUGUUGCAUUUUUUUGUCCUCUUUUCCAUGUUGUAAUGGAUUCCCAAAACUGACACACCAUGUUUACAGAGGAAAUUUUACAUGUGAUUUUAAUCCAUUUCCUGCUUGUCCUUAUCUUCAAAUUCCGGUUUUGAUAUUGUGCAAUCUCAAAUCUUAUACGAAGUUGAGUAAUGCUGGCAAAAGAGAUGACAAAUGCUUGCAGUUGCAAACUUUUUGAGC